UUCGUAAGAAAAAUCUGGAUUUGUUAAUUUCAUUGACGUAAUAUAAUAAAUAUAAGAACAAAUAGGAAGCAAGUGAAGGGAUGGGACCCUCCAUUUUUUUUCCUUACUGAGUUUCAACUAAUGCAAUUUAUUCUCAAGAAUCUUCUCUCCAGUCCAUUAUUUUCCUUUUGAUUCUUUUUCUCUGCUCUCUUUGUUCUUCUUGUUCUUUUUGCUCCUGUUACUCUGGGUAUGCUUAACAAAUUGCUGUGAAGCAAGCUGAAAAAAGAAAAGCCACCUAUCCCUUCUUUUCUUGUCAACAGUAUCACCAACAUGUGUGUUAAAGAUGCAGAGCAGGUCAGCCAAGAAAUGGAGGACCUUGACGAUAGCAACGACAAAAGGCCUUGGCCUUUGCUUUCUGGGGGUGAUUUCUUGUGUACCCAGAUGGAGAAUUGGGAUGAUAAAGACUCUACCCUGGCUGUGGUCAGUGGCAGCAAUAGACUGGAAAGUAUUUCUGAGGAUGCAGUUGCCACAGACAGAAAACAUGGCCUGUUGACAAAUUUUACCCCUACUCUUCGUUCAGGAGAGUGGUCUGACAUUGGCGGUCGUUCCUAUAUGGAGGAUACUCAUAUAUGCAUUGCCGACUUGGCUAAGACUUUUGGUUGUAAUUUGAUGAGUGAACAAGCUGUUUCCUUCUAUGGUGUUUUUGAUGGGCACGGAGGAGAGCAUGCUUCUCAUUUUGUCCGUGAUUAUUUGCCUAGAGUUAUUGUUGAGGAUGCUGAUUUUCCCUUAGAACUUGAGAAAGUGGUCACCAGGUCAUUCAUGAAGACUGAUGCUGCAUUUGCAAAGUCAUGCUCCCUUAAGUCCGCCCUAGCUUCUGGCACCACUGCUCUCACUGCGAUGAUAUUUGGGAGGUCUUUACUUGUGGCAAAUGCUGGUGAUUGUAGGGCAGUACUAUCACAGUGUGGAACAGCCAUAGAGAUGUCAAAGGAUCAUAGGCCCUGUUGCAUGAAAGAGAAAAGACGAAUUGAGUCUCUGGGUGGAUCCAUUGAUGAUGGUUAUCUGAAUGGUCAACUGGGUGUCACCCGGGCAUUAGGUGAUUGGCACCUUGAAGGUAUGAAGGAAAUGGGCGAGAGAAUUGGCCCCCUAAGUGCUGAACCAGAACUCAAAAUGAUAACGUUGACCAACUUAGAUGAGUUUUUGAUCAUCGGUAGUGAUGGAAUAUGGGAUGUAUUUACCAGCCAAAAUGCCAUAGAUUUUGCAAGAAGGCGGCUCCAGGAGCACAAUGAUGUGAAGUUGUGCUGCAAAGAAAUAGUUGAAGAAGCAAUAAAAAGAGAAGCAACAGACAAUUUGACAGUUGUUUUGGUUAGUUUUCACUUGGAGCCACCUCCCCCUUCUGUCAUUCAACGGGCGAGAGUCAGGAGAAGUAUUUCAGCAGAGGUGCUUCAGAGUCUCAAACGCCUCUUAGAAGGAUAGAACUCUAUAUAUUUGUUUAUCAUUUAUGUGGUACAGAAAGGAGAGA